AGCAUGUCUCUUGUUGCUUAUGCCGCCAGCAGCGAUGAAGAGUCCGAGAAUGAAGACGAUAACACUGGGCCACAAGUGGAACUGAUAAGACCGCAGUCUACGACGAAUACAACAGGAACAGCCGCGCUGCCCGUGAAAGAAAAGCUAUUUAAUGGUCAUAUUAGUGACGAGGAUGAUGACUUUGUACCACAAGAGGCGUCCUUGCAGCAGCUAAAAAUCACCAGUGGUCGACUGUCGCUAGCCCUACCCAAGCCAAAAGUGGCUUUUGAGGAGAUUCAAGAGGAAGAUGUACACGAACAGGUGACACUCCCGUUUGCCAAGCUGCCCAUGCCACGCGCAGCAGCGGUAGGCAAAGUCUUUAUAGAGGAAAAGGACGAUGAAUUCCUGCACAAAAAGCCCGUGCCAAUCGAGGGCGAUGCGUUGGAAAAGCCUCCGCCUCCACCAGUCAAAGAGCGUGUUAAGAUUAGCAUACCAUCGCUGAGGGACUUUUCGGAUGUGGACAAGGAAAAGGCAGAGAAAUUAAAGAACAAAGACACCAAGCCCAACAUGCCCAAAGGAUGUGGACUGUUAAGUCUAUUGCCACAAGCCAAGUCUGAGCGUAAUUUCGCAAAAUCCUCAUCAGCAGAGGCUGCAAAACCUACCACGAACACCGCAACUACUCCAAAGUCAACGAGCACAAUGCCACAGCCUCGUGCUACUGCUCCAGCCUUUGUGCCGGAUACAGUGAAGCACCGCCGCGCUGCCCACAAUACAGAAGGAGUUGAUGGCGUGAAAUCAUCUGCUAAGAAGCCUUUACCCAAUACCCAAGGGGCUAGUGUCGCCCAAAACCAGCAAAAGAAGCCUUCAGCCGCUCUGGUGAAUGUAAGCGAUAGUGAUGAGGAUGAUGACGAAGGUUCUGGGGACUUUUUCUCGCUAAACACAGAACAGAAACUUCCGGAGGUGAGCAGCAACGAAAUCAGCGCCUUGGUAGCCAAGCGGGCUGCCAAAAUGGUGGAGGCAAGCGGCAAAUACCUGGACGAGAUGGCCGCUCGUGAUGCGGCCGAGGCAGCAGAAGCAGAGGCUGCUCGACUCCAAGACGAACAGAUGCUGCACGCACAAAAGCGCUAUCAUGAACAACAGCUUGAUCCGGAAGCCAUGGAUGCGUUGGUGGGAAAGAAUGCCAAGCGCCGUCGAAAGGAGACUAAGGACAUACAAGUGAUUGAUAUAUCUGGGUCGCAGGUGCUGCCCGACCGCGAGGAAUGGAUGCGCACCGCCUUGGCUUCUUCCACCACUUUUCAGCCUACGGGCGUGCUAACGGACGAAGAGCCUGUGGCCGGCACCAGACGCAAGCAUCAAAUCACUUACCUGGCGCACAAGGCCAAGGCCAACGAAGCCGAGCUCCAGGCAAUGUGGUCAGCCAACCGGCAAACUCGACGGGCCACACAAAGCAAAUAUGGUUUCUGAAUUUCCAUUUUAUUUACGAGCUAACUUAAAAAAUACAUUUAAUGGUACACUAA